GUGUAGGGUGAAAACUAACCCUAGUUUUACCUUUCUCAUCUCGCUAUGGAGUGUGAUGUGAUCCGGUUUUGCUACACGUUUGACCUAAGGAACUUGGCUGCCCUAACCUUCUUAGAGUUGGUAACUACAAUAUCUUGGGAUUUCAAAGCCCAAUUUGAUUCUCUACCUGACAGUUGUGUGUUAACCGAUGGAUGUUCUGACGACUUAUUCGAUCAGGGAUCGUUAGAGUACUGCUGGCUUUUUCGUUUGGUGGAUGAGGUCCUCCUGGGAUUGGCUGAUUUGCAGGAUGUCCACCACUCUGAGGACAACGACCAAGGGGACGGUUUGUUGAAGUGUCGAGGAACAAAAACUCGAUCCUCCAAUCUAAACGAAGUCAGGAUAGGGGCUUGCGAGGUGAUUACAUGCUCUCAUCCGCCACAUUAUCCACACCGUCCAUGGCCUUGGAUAUCGUUGCCUCAAGAAAACGUUGAUGGCCCCCCAGCCUCACAUCCGAGGACGUCUUGGGGGCCUGGCCCUUUCAAGUCCAAUCUGCCAUCUUCAGAAGCAAUCUCAUCAAAUCAUGGCACUUAUUCCGUGGUGGUCGAGCCCAAUUCACCACGAGCCAUUCCCAUUCUGUCGCCGCUUGGCGUUCGCAGACGACCAUUGGGUCAAGAUCGGUUUGGACGACGUAACGGGGCUCAAACCUCAAACCUGAUCUAUUUAGUGGGUCGCCGGUGCCUCCCUAAGCCCGUGUUAGCUCCAAGUGGAAUUGGCCAUUUCAGCACAACUCAAGUGCGAUACCCAAAUUUCCCCGCUCUACCCCCAUUGGUAACGUCCUUUCAGUCGUCGUGUCAUCGGAAACGGAUCCAACCUCUCACUUGGUUGGGCGAUAACGACCUGCCUACGCCCGACCAAAAUUAAGGAGUUCCCCUUGAUUUGGAACCACUUUUAAUGGCCCUUGUCCGAGUCGUUAAUGUCCGGUUUCAAGGGCC